CGCCGCCGCGGCUGGGCUGGCCGGGGCUGGCCGGGGCGGGACGGGCAGGUGGGGGCUGCGGGGCGCGGCGGGGGAUGCGGGCCCGGGGCGCAGCAUGCUGUGGGGGGUGGGCCUGGCGGCGCCCCGCUCCUGCGUGGCGGACCUGAGCCGCAACCGCAGCCUGUCCCUGGGCUGGUGCGCGGGGCCGGAGGAGCCGCCGCCCGCCCUCUAUGGGGGGGAGAUCGUCGCCUUCCCGCUGGCGGGCGGGGGCGCGGGCGGCACUAUGGCGGCGCUGAGCUCUGACUCCUGGUGGAAGAAGACGCUAUACCUGACGGGCGGCGCCCUGCUGGCCGCCGCCGCCUACCUGCUCCAUGAGCUGCUGGCCAUACGGAAAGAGGAAGAGCUUGAUUCGAAAGAUGCUAUCAUACUGCAUCAGUUUUCAAGGCCUACCAACGGUGUUCCAAGCUUAUCUCCGUUCUGUCUGAAAAUGGAAACUUACUUAAGGAUGGCUGACCUACCUUACCAGAACUACUUUGAUGGAAAGCUUUCCCCUCAAGGGAAAAUGCCUUGGAUUGAAUACAAUCACAAGCAAGUAUCUGGCACUGAGUUCAUUAUUGACUUCUUGGAAGAGAAACUUGGAGUGAACUUGAAUAAACACCUUGGUCCACACGAAAGAGCUGUUUCCAGAGCCAUAACAAAAAUGGUGGAGGAGCACCUGUACUGGACUUUGGCUUAUUGCCAAUGGGUGGAAAAUCUUCAUGAGACGCAAAAGAUGGUGUCACUUUUUGGCCCCUUCAGCGACUUGCUGAAGUGGAUCUUCUGCCAUCUGACUAAAGGGAUCGUGAAGCGCGAGAUGUACGGCCACGGCAUCGGCCGCUUCUCUGAGGAGGAGAUGUACACGCUGAUGGAGAAGGACAUGCGGACUCUAGCCGGCCUCCUGGGUGACAAGAAGUACAUUAUGGGACCACACGUUUCCACUGUUGAUGCCACUGUCUUUGGGCAUCUGGCACAGGCAAUGUGGACACUACCAGGGACUCGACCAGAGAGACUAAUUAAAGGUGAACUGAUUAAUCUUGCUAUGUAUUGUGAAAGAAUAAGAAGGAAAUUUUGGCCAGAAUGGCACCAUGAUGAUGACAACACUCUGUAUGAAUCUGAGGAAAGCAGCGAAGCGAGCAAGACUUACUCCCCUUUGCGGGACUUGAGUUUUUAUUCAAGGACAGAAACAUUUGAUGAGGAAGGGAACAGUAUUUCUCAAACCCCUGACACAGAUUACACUGGACAUUCACUCUUUGAUUCGGAUGUGGACAUGGAUGAGUACAGAGAUCAUGAACAAUGCAAGUGAUGCAUACAACAUCUCCCAUUUUGCAGACAAGCUAUUUCUUGGCACCUGUCUGAUGUAUUUUCUCCUCCAGGUCUGGAAGAGGUUUAUACCACUUUGGAAGAGACCAUUGUGCUUGACUCAACUGUCACAUGCUACUUGGACUAUUUCAACCUUAUUUCAUUUUGUGUAACUGUUCAGGUGGAACCAAGGUAAACUGUUACUUAAAACACACAUGGACAAACUGAAGGUCUAGAAGACAACAGGACCUUUCAAUCUACAUUUUUGUUUGUGUUCAAAACCAGGUCCCGCAACCAGGUGGGACAGAGCCUUGGGAAGUGGAGCAUUUGCCAGAGCUGGUUUGUGUUGAUACCUUUACAGGAAUGGGCUCAGGACAAAAAUGGAAGAAGCUUGACUGACACACCUUUCUCCCAUGGAAGAAAAUGCUGUAUUGAUUUGGUGGAGUUUCGGGAGGGCUUUUAGCUGAUAGCUACCUGUACUUUGGGUGCAUAUGUUUAUAGUAUCUGCAGGAAAAACCUGCUCCUGAUUCUUUGAGAGACAGUCAAGGAAGGCGGGAGGAAAACAUAUUCCUACAGAAAGGAACUUUUUAGUGAUUCUUUGCAAAAGAUUGAAGUCACUACUGUAGAAUAUUUUUAUUCAGAAGGGAAACGUCAGUUUUAAUGUAUAAUCUCCCAAACACUCAUCUGGAAUGUGUGUUGGCCAAAACCUGCCUCAGGCAUCUAAAUUUUUUCUCUGUUUUUGAAUGGUUGUUAUCACGUUUUUGCUUCCUGCCUCUGGCUGUUGUCUGCUAUUGCUAGGCAAGGCUAAGGAAUUGGGAUUUGUUGCUAAAGAAUGGUGCAUCUCAGCACUGGGUGCUUUGUGCUCUUUACCAACAGACACAUCAGACCCAUGGAGCUUGCAAAGCAGUUUGUGGUGUUUCUAGGCAUGGGAUGCUGUGGAAAUGCAAGAUGUUGGCCAAGGCAAUCAACUGCUUUAGAGCUGCCUAGGAAGGUGCUUCAGUGGGUGCGAUAUUUUAAUUAUGACUUUCUCAAUGAGUUACAGUUAGAUGAAUCAGGAUCCCUCAAUGAAAUUUUUAUAAUGUGCUGUUUAUGUCAUGUGUUCUGGGAGCAGAUAGGGCAGACAACUGCUUUAGCAUGUUAAUUGUUGAUAGUCCUAAUAGUCUGGAGCUUGAAAUAACUGCAGUUUUCAAAGAUCACCUCUCUUUCUUGGAUUGUGGAGUGUCUCCUGCAGAGGAGGGUACUUGUGCUGAGGAAACACUGAGCUAACUGUGGCACUGAAAGCAGGGGAACACAAAUCUGCAGUGAGUCUCCAGCUCUGUUCAUGCAUGGGAGCCACCACAGCGAGAGCUGGCAAGUGUGGUGUGGCCUGAGGUGGGUGUGAAUUUGUACUUGUUUCCUCAGUUCCCCAGCCAUGUCCUUGGUGCCAUGUUCCAAUCAAUGAUCUCAGUUGUGGGCAAGUGUCAUUUGGAAAGCGGACCAAAACCAAGAAGGAGGAGGAUAUCAUCCAGUUACUUGGGACCCCUCUCAGGAAACUAAGCACAGGAAUAGGGCACAAGAAGAUAAAUCUUGGGCUUGAAAACACAGAGACGACGGCUUAAAAUGUCUGUGAAACUCCAUAGACAAGUCAGGGUAGAUGCUGCCUGCAGAGAAGUAGGCAUUGGUAUUCUGGAUAAAAAGCAUUCAUGUCAGAAAGCUUGUCUUUAAAAACAUUUGCGUGUCAGAAA